GACACACACACACUCGCUCACACACAGACACAGAUAUGACCAAGACAGCAGCCAUAGCAUCUAAGGACUUCUCCAGUAUGUGGUUGCCAGAUAUCAGGAUGUCAAAGCCAGGAGAGGUGGAGAAAUCGGGGGCUGACUCACCAAUGGAGGGCACAGAUUCUGAGCGGAACGGACCUGAAUCAAAUCACCAGUCAAUGAAAGUCAGUCCCUUCCCUCUGUCACCCACCCUGAGCAGCAGCAAGAAUAAGAUGGAGGAGUGUGGUGAGAUGUCCCCGGCCCUUCCUCACUCUCACGGCCCGACCCCCUCACAGACGGCCAUGCAACACACACAGCUCAUGCUGACCGGCUCCCAACUAGCAGGGGACAUCCAGCAGCUGCUGCAGCUCCAGCAGUUGGUGUUGGUUCCCGGCCACUCGCUCCCAUCUCCUGCUCAGUUCCUCCUCCCGCAGGCACAGCAGGGCCAGCAAGGUGGGGACGCCUCCUCCUACAUGAACAGACUCCUAUCGACACCAAAUCUUAUUACGCUACCUCAGCAAAACCAAGGAAGUCUGCUGUCUGCUCAGAACAGAAUGGGACUCCAAGCACAGCGAGAUAAGAACAUGGACGUGAGCGGUGGUGGAGGCGUGACCACGAUGCCCUCUGUGACCCCUCACCCCGAGGAGCCCAGUGACCUGGAGGAGCUGGAACAGUUCGCCCGCACUUUCAAACAGAGACGCAUCAAACUGGGCUUCACACAGGGAGACGUGGGUUUGGCCAUGGGGAAGCUGUACGGCAACGACUUCAGCCAGACGACCAUCUCCCGCUUCGAGGCCCUCAACCUGAGCUUUAAGAACAUGUGCAAGCUGAAGCCGCUGCUGGAGAAGUGGCUCAACGAUGCAGAGACCAUGUCCCUAGACAGCACCCUGCCCAGCCCCAGCUCCCUGUCCUCCUCCUCCAUGGGCUUCGAGGGGAUGCCUGGCCGCCGCAGGAAGAAGAGAACCAGCAUCGAGACGAAUGUACGUGUGGGCCUGGAGCGUGCAUUCAUGACGAACCAGAAGCCUACCUCAGAGGAGAUCCUGAUGAUCGCCGAGCAGCUCACCAUGGAGAAGGAGGUGAUCCGAGUCUGGUUCUGCAACCGCCGGCAGAAAGAGAAGCGCAUCAAUCCCAGCAGUGCCACCCCUCCCCUGCCCAGCCAGCCCCCCACUGCCCCACAAGUGCACAAACAACCCUGCUACAGCCCUCACAUGAUGUCCAGCCAGCUGUCGCAGGCCGUGACCAGUCUGAGCAGCACAACAGUGACCACCAUGCCCUCCAUCUGCCCCCUGACCUCCAGCCUCACCUCCACCCACCCCUCCAUCAGCUCAAGCCACCUCUCUCUCAGCAGCUCACCCUCCCCGGUGACUCCUCCUCCCCGCAGCACGGCCAGCCCAGCCACCCCCAGCCACAGCACACUCAGCCUGAACACAGGCUUAUGGCGUAUGGGUAAAAAGAACGGUGACGUGUCUAACUACAUCACCGAUUUUGCUGCAAACUUGAGCCCUAGCAGCCAGUGGUGGUCAGCUGCCUCUUUCCAGUCUUGAGGCUGCCAGUAAGAUAUUGCUGGGGGCCUCUGGGGGCCAGGGAGGCCUCCCCUCCUCCCUCUUCCUCAACCACCCUGCCUUCCUCCACAUGGGCCAGAACCCCGGCGCUGGACUGCUCAGCGCCGCCAUAG